UUUCAAAUUGUUGAUCAAUGAAAUCAUAUAUUCAAUGCAAGCUUUACUGCACUUCUAUUAUCUCAGCCAAUUCCAGGUUAACCCAAUUUGCUAAAAAUGGCGAUAUCAAGAUGGCUCGCAAGGUGUUUGAUGAAAUGCGUGAUAGAAACAUUGCAUCAUGGAAUUCUAUGAUAAGUGGGUAUUUCCAAAAUGGUCAACCACAAGAAGCAAGAAAUGUGUUUGAGAGAAUGCCAGAGAAGAAUAUAAUCACCUGGAAUGGGAUGAUUACUGGUUACAUGGCCCAUGGCAUGAUAGAAGAUGCCCAAAAAGCCUUUGAGAGCAUGCACGAAAGGAAUGUUGUGUCAUGGACUUCCAUGGUUAGGGGGUAUUUGCAUCACGGCAUGGUGAAAGAUGCAGAGGCUUUGUUUUGGGUGAUGCCUGAGAAGAACGUCAUCUCGUGGACAGUAAUGAUGGGGGGCCUCAUCCAGGACCAUCGGAUUGAUGAGGCUCGUGCUUUAUUUGACAAGAUGCCUGAGAAGGAUGUGGUCAUGUGGACUAAUCUAGUCAUGGGUUAUUCUCAAGAGGGAAGAAUCGCAGAAGCGCGUGAUUUAUUUGAUGAGAUGCCCUAUAGAAAUGUCAUUUCUUGGACCACCAUGAUUUCAGGGUAUGCCCAAAAUGGAAUGGUGGAUAUAGCUAGGAAGUUAUUUGAGGUCAUGCCAUGGAGGAAUGAAGUUACAUGGACUGCUAUGUUAACGGGUUAUACACAAUGUGGGCGUACUGAGGAGGCGGUGGAGUUACUUAGGAGAAUGCCAGAGAGAAGUUUGAUUGCUUGCAAUGCCAUGCUUGUUGGGUACGCUCAGAAUGGGAAGCUUUUGGAUGCACAGAGAUUGUUUAGUGGGAUGAGAGUGAAAGAUGAUGCUUCAUGGGCAGCCAUGAUUGAUGGGUAUGCAAAAUGGGGGUUGGUGAGAGAGGCUAUGAAUGCAUUUGAGGAGGCUCCUGAAAAGACCCCUACCUUAUGGGGUGCUAUGAUCAAGGGAAAUGGGCGCAAUGGCCUUGAAUUGGAGGCCCUCAAUCUUUUCAUGCAAAUGCAAAAAUAUGGUAUCAUGCCAACUCACUCCACGGUAAUCACAGCACUGACUGUAUGCGCUAGUCUUGCCCUUUUGGAUAAGGGGAAGCAAAUUCACUCUUAUGUGAUGAAGUUAGGGUUCCAUUUAGAUGUGUUUGUUGCUUCAUGUCUAAUCACAAUGUACUUCAAGUGUGGCAAUCUAUGCAAUGCCCAUGAUAUCUUCAUGCGAUCCCACGAGAGAGACGUCGUGAUGUGGAAUGCCAUGAUUACAGGAUAUGCACAGCAUGGGUUAGGGCACGAAGCCCUCAAAUUCUUUUACAGUUUGUGUGAAACACAAAAAGACAUAGCCCCAGAUGCAGUUACCUUUGUUGGGGUACUCACUGCUUGUAGCUAUACUGGGAGAGUAGCUGAAGGCUGGCGUGUGUUGGAGUCAAUGAGUAGGGACUUUUCAAUCGAGCCAAAAACCGAGCAUUAUGCUUGCAUGGUGGACCUCCUAGGAAGAGCAGGCUACCUCAAUGAGGCUAUGGAUUUAAUUAGGUCUAUGCCUUGUGAGCCUGAUGCUGUAGUUUGGGGUGCAUUGCUUGGUGGGUGUAGAACCCAUGCAAACAUGGAUUUGGCUGAGGUUGCAGCCAAGAAACUCCUCAUGCUCGAGCCCACAAAUUCGGGCCCUUAUGUGUUGCUCUCUAACUUGUAUGCAUCUGGUGAGAGAUGGGGUGAGGUGGAAGAGCUUAGGAAGAUGAUGAGAGAAAGGAAUGUGAGGAAAGCAGUGGGUUGUAGUUGGAUUGAAGUUGAGAAGAGGGUUCAUGUAUUUAUGGGUGGCGAUGUGAAGCAUACCGAGCAUGAUAUGAUCAUGGGUGUGUUGGAGAGGUUGAGUGGGGCACUUAGAGAAGCAGGAUAUAAGGCGGAUGGUAGAUACGUGUUGCAUGAUGUUGAUGAUGAGGAGAAGGAGCAGAGUUUGGGAAUGCAUAGUGAAAAGAUGGCUGUGGCUUUCGGGAUCGCAAGAGUGCCAAGUGGGGUUCCUAUUAGAGUGAUGAAAAACCUCCGGGUUUGUGGCGAUUGUCAUGAUGCAAUCAAGCUGAUCUCGAGGAUCAGUGAGAGAAAGAUAAUUUUGAGGGAUGCGAAUAGGUUUCACCAUUUCAAGAAUGGUUCUUGUUCUUGUGGGGAUUAUUGGUGAGAUUGGGUUGGGUUCAUCUCUCUCUCUCUGUGGGAUAUUUACCCUAUUGUAGGUGUAUCUGGUCUAGUAAACAUGUAUGUGCUUAACUAAUUUGAUGAAAAAAGAGAGGAGAUUAGGGACUAAAGAACCAAUGCACAUGUGUUGGCUUUCAAGGAAGGAUUGAAACCAUUACAAGAAAGUUUCCGUCCUGGUAUGGGCAAGUACACUCAUAAUGAAUAUUAUAUUACGAUUCAAUCAAGUGGAAGUAUGCAAUGAGACUAUUUACCUUCGUA